AUGAAGAGUAAGAAGAACAAGGAGAUCGAUGUUGAGCGCCUGAGGCAGCUGGCCGAGCAGCAGAAGGCGCAGAUCCACAUCCCCUUCCACUCCCUCAGGCAGAGCGACGAGCCGCAGCAGACGGUCCUUGAGAAGGCUGACCAUGCCCUGAUUGAUUACUGCAGCGCCCUGCCAGGGGACGAGAGCGCGGAGCGGUGCUGGCGCGCGGUGCGCUACUUUGAGGAGCGCGUGGCGGAGGCACAGGAGGGCUGCGUGCUGCCGGAGGGCGGCCGCUCGGCCGAGGCCGGGGCCUGCACAGCGGCGGAGCGCCUGGAGGACUUUGUGCGCCAGUUUGUUGGCCAGGCGCCCACCCACAUGUUUGUGCAGACGCUGCUCGUCCUGGAGAGCGCCGACCGCCAUGCCAAGGAGCGACAGGACACCCCACGGCCGGAGGCUGAGACAAGCGUGGAGGAGGCGGCGCGGAAGCAACUGGUGGAUCUAUUCUAUGCGAUGGACAGCGAUCUGAAUGGCAUGCUGGAUGUUGAGGAGUUUCGGGCGGCGAUGCGCGCGGCCAAGCGCGAGCUGCCGGGAGACGUGGUCUCCAAAGUGCUGGAGGCCAUGGACAUCCAUGGCCGCCUGACACUCGACCAGUUCAUCAACAUUGCCGAGGCUGAGGAGAUCUAUGCUGACACGCCGCUGGCUGCCUGGCUGCGACGGAGCGCAAGUGGAGAGCUGAAAGAAUAUAAACAUAAGGCAGUGUAG